AUGCCGCCGCUUGCGCCCACUGCGCGCGAGGUUGUUCUCCUAGCGGUCUUACUCGUUCUGCUGCUCGUCGUCACACCAAACCUCCCAACAAGUGCAGGAGAUGCUCUUACUUUCUCCAAAGCUUACUUGCAAUCUACGAAGAGCUCAGAGGCACUAACGCCGACACUUGAGUCUCAAUAUACCCUGCAGUCUCUAAAUCCUGCCCUCGUAUGGGGUCUUGGCCAAGUACCGGAGACGAAAGUAGUCGUCCAUGUGCCCGGGUGGUCAAUCUUUGACCGACUAUACCUCUUGAAUGGCACAGUCUACAUUGUGACGGACACACCUGAAACAAUACCCGACCGCAGUCGAAUAACUUCGACAGCGGUCUUCAUCAACAAUGGGCCGAUUGCUGAGGCAGAACGGAUCCCUACUGACAAAGAGAUGCGUAUUGUGAGCACUAAUCAGGCUCGGCUUCUUUUCGGCCCAAGUGCAGAACGAUUAGAUGGCGUGACGUGGCUGGCAAAUGACCCAAAACAAUUCAUCACCCACUACUACCACUGGGCCGCAGAGUUAUUCUUCGGCUUCUGGCGCACCUAUUCCUCUCUUGAUCCUAGUAUCCCACCGACAGGGGAAACGUCUCUGCCGGCACCUCGCCGGAUGAUCUUCGCCCACCUGGAUGCGAACAACUGGCGCGACUACGCCGAGAUGAACCAGUUCAUCCUGCGCAGCUCGUUCCCGUCGAUCUCGAUGGAGUUCAUGAACGACUGGAAGGAACGCGCAGACACGGGCCGCGUGUUCGUGUUCGACCGCGUCGUGUUUGCAGACCGUGCUGCAGCCAUGCACGGCGACAACUUCCUGCGUACGCAGCGCACGGCCUCGAAUCCGUUCGCGCUGCCUGGGAGCGUGAACUGGUGGAGCACGGUCCGUAACGCCGUCGUGGGAUUCGCAGGGCUCUCACAAAACGAGGGCGCCGCAUCGGUGAAGGGCGUCGCGAGCAACCCGGUUAUCACAUAUGUCUCGCGGCAGGACUGGGGUCGCCGCAUGUUGAUCCCUGAACAUCACGAUCGGCUCGUGCGCGAGCUGCAUGGCUUGCGCGACAAAUACGGCUACGAGAUCAAUAUUGUGAGCAUGGACAAGCUGUCGCGCAUCGAGCAGUUCCAGCUUUCUGGGCGGACCACGAUCAUGAUGGGCGUGCACGGGAACGGUUUGACGUCCCUUGUCUGGAUGCGGCCGACGCCGCGCUCGACAGUCAUGGAAUUUUUCUACCCCGAAGGCUUUGCACACGACUACGAAUACACCACACGGGCGCUCGGCAUGGUGCACUACGGGUUCUGGAAUGAUAGGGCUUUUACGCGUCCUGACGUGCCCCCGGUCAAUUACCCUGAGGGCUUCCAGGGUAACGAGAUUCCCAUCGACGGUGCUGCCGUUGCGCGGUUGUGCCACGAACGACUAACGCUGUCGGAGGAAGCGGACGAUUAGAGCUUGGUUGGACCGGGACAUGUUGCUGCCAUGACUCUCUAGUUGUCGGCUAGACAAGUAUUACGAUGAUGUAACUUAUCUCCUUACUUCGGUAAGUAUCGACACAUUUGAUUUUUAGAAA